AUGGGAGCAGGGCAGACGCGAGUGCUGACCAGCACCUUUCUGGAGGAAGAUGCAGCCUCCAGCGGCAGGCCUCUCGCUGCGGUGCUCUUGAACUGGACCCUGCCCUCCCUGGCUGCCAGGGUCUGGCAGAGAGCAACCCUGCGCAUCUGCGCGGACGGCGGCGCCAACCGCCUGUACGAUGAGCUGCGGGGCCCCAGCCACGCCUCGGACUCGGUGCCCAUGCCGCACCCCCACGCCAUCAUCGGCGACCUGGACAGCAUCCGCCCGGAGGUGGCGGCGUACUAUCGCGACGCCGGAGUGGCCAUCACAGACCUGUCCCACGACCAGGACUCCACCGACCUGCAAAAGUGCGUGGAAUACGCCGCGGCCCACGGGUCCAGGCCACAGCACAUCGUCGCCUUUGGCGCGCACGGUGGGCGGCUGGACCACAUCCUGAGCAACCUGGGGUGCCUGUAUCGUUACCGCCACCUCAACCUGGUGCUGGUGGGGGAGGGGAACAUCACACGGCUCGUUCCCCAUGACACUGAGAUGAGGAUGGGGGGGCUGCUGAGCACCAGCAACAUUCUUGAAGCUGAGGAGGUGGUGGUGGAGUCGGACAGCGACCUCAUCUGGACCGUGCAGUGCAAAGGCUGA